AGCAAAAUACUUUGGACACUUUUCAGCGCCGCCACAAACAUUGGUCCUUCGAGCCGGAUAAUCAACAAUAUAUUUUUCAUCGUUCCAGUUUUACAUCCGCAGAGUUUACCAUGGCGUUCUCCAGAAGAUCAUCCUGCACCCUGUCCGACGGAGUGAGCUUGCGAGGGCUCUUCUCGCCAGCGCGCUCCCUUUCGCCUCCGAUUGCCGGCUCUCCGCCGAGGCAAGUCGCCCCGAUGGAGUCCGAGCCCUCUCCAGCACCGGUGGCACUGGUUACUCCGCGCGGAGUUUCCGUGCCUCGCCGGGCCGCCCCUCAGCGGGGUGAGUAUGUGCCUCCCGGCACAAACUCGUUCCGCUGUAGGGUGUGCCGCGGUGUCCACGCGCUGCGCAAAUGUCCACGGUUUGCCCAGCUGACGCCAGAGAAGCGGCUCCGGGCAGUACUUGUAAAUAAGUACUGUCCCAACUGCUUGGCUCAUCAGCACUCCGGGGCACUUGCCGCAGCGGUGGACGGUGCAGGCAUUGUGGUGAGGACCACCACUCCAUGCUGCACAUGCGAGACCCUAAACCCAGGCAGCGGUUGGCGCGACGACCGAGGGGCCGACGCGACCACCCGGCGCCCACCAGAGAGGACCAUCGUCAUCCCGGAUGGACCGCCCACUUCCCCACACACCAGGCCCGUGCCUAGCCCCGCCUUGACGGCACUACUCCAGUGCAAGGAGUCAGUAUUCUCCCCACCGCGGCGGUCUGGCUAG